AUGAUCAUUCUGAGGCAUCCCCCUGAGGCUUUCCCUUCCAUCCCGACCAGGGCGCCAAACAUUGAGGGAUGGGACGGGAUCAGCCAGACCUCGUUUCUGGGCCCGGUCUUGUCAGUGCCCGCCGCCCAGGCCACGACUUGCGAAGACUCUAGGCGGCCCGGCCAAGUCUCCAGAGCGUUUGGACUCGACCAGGGCACAAAGGAUGGGAGGCAAGUACCUAAGCUGGUCAGCUUUCAAGAAGACAAAGAUACCCCGCGGACACAUUUCAAGAGGAGGACAGUUCAGGAGAAGGUGAAGAGAUCAGACGGCGUCCGUGGCGCAAGACUUCAAAGAUGCAUCGCGUCCAUCACUCACCGUUUGAACCCUGGAAGCUUCUGCCCCGCAUCAUCGCAGCCUGGUGUCGUCAUGGCACAGGCUAAACCGGCACUCGACCAUGACCUGCAGGAAAACCCCCCUCCUCUCAGUGGCUCAUCUGCACCGCCCACGCGUGCGGCAACGAACUGCUCGCUCGCCGUCUUUGUCCCUAUGAAGUACGGAGUUUCCAGAGAUCCCGAGGCCUCCCAAGCCUCCCAAGGCCCGGAGGAUGGAGCUUGCUGGAGGCGCAGAGCCGCGCGAGUGCCCGCCUGCCCGCGUCCUGUCGCGGCUUGUCGUCGUAGCAGGUUCACCAUUGGCCCGGAGGCAUUCCAUCAGAGAUGGGGCUCCACGGCCUGCAUCGCCGCGCCUCCCGGGGAUCACCGACGUCCCGGGCAGCAGUUGACUGGAACUCUGCCAAGCACGAUUCACGUAUUCAAGGUUAAUGGGGCCUUUUGCUACGAGCAUCGAACUAGGUCACAACGCGUGGAACAGAAUCGAUUUGAUGAAAAAGAUGUAUUGGCAUGA